AUGGACCAAGUAGUGCUGAAAGCCUUCCCAGGCCUGCAUGAUUCGUCCAGUGCUCCUGGAGCUGUCCCCGCUCAGUCAGAGCCCGGGUACCGCGUUCCGGGAGGGUUCAGGGAGCUCCACCCUAGAGCUGCCCCACUCACAGAGCAAGCCCGAGCAGCCCUGGAAUCUCGCCCCACCCCUGCCUCUCGCCAGGUCUGCAGAAGCCGGGCUUGUCCUCACCUGGAGCAUUCAGCACAGCUGAGCGAGAAGGAAAGUGGCAGCGCCAGUGCCAGCCAUCCCUGCCACGACUCAGACUCAGCCACUACACCGCCUGGAGCAGAGUGGGACACCGGGGCCCCCAGCUUUCUCUCUUCACAUCCUGGAUUUCUGCUGCAGCUCCCUUUACACUUUCAGAGAGGACACCAGAGCACUGGUCCAACCAGAUCAAGAAUUUCUCUGGUGCCUGGUAAACAAGGGGCACUCAGUCCUCAGAUGCAGUGGAUCCCUGUGGGAAGAGAUGUAAGAGUAAAAUCAAUUAAACCCCAUGUCACUGAGCCAUUCACACCUGAGCCUAUCUUCCUUUAUAAGGGAUUAAUACACUUCACUCUGACGUUGGCCACAUUUCCCUUCUUCUGCCAGUGGACUUCAGUUCAAAUUUCAGUUAUGAAAGAUGUGCAUUACAGCAUCCAGUAUCUAUUUCGGUAUGAGCUCCUGGACAUAAUUAGUCAACAACCCCUUUUUGUGGACGGCAGCUGUCAGGGUGCUGCUGGAGGUGUUAGAGAUGACUCAAUUACUGCAAUUGUCAACUCCUUCAACCUUCUUUUUCCAUCCACUAUGAGCAGAUCAACUCUGUUGCUCAUUUGUGUGGCUUUCUGUAGCAUUCUCUUCCUCACCUGGACUCCAGGAUGUCAAGCUUUCCCAAAGGUGGAAAGGAGGGAGACAGCGCAUGCAUCUGCAGAAAAAGAGCAGACCCAGAAGAUGAACACAGAUGACCAAGAAAACAUCUCCUUUGCUCCAAAGUACAUGCCACAACAGAUGUCCUCUGAAGUUCCAAUGGUACUGUCUGCAGGACCUUCAGUGACACCAUUACAUAAAGUAUUCUCUGUCAACAAAGAGAGCCAACUUCCAGGAGCUGGGCUUCUGCAUCCUACCAGCCCUGGCAUUGACUCUCCCAGUGAGCCAGUGGUCUCAGCCAGUGAACAAGAGCAUGGUCCCAGCCAGCUUGAAAGAAUGUCUCCUGAGCACAGCCUUUCCAGGGCCAUGUUUACUGUUGCUGUAUCUUCACCAGCUUCUCUGAAUCCUGACCAGGGGGGACCCUACAGCAAUUUGAGCACCCAGCCUAUUGUAGAAGCUGUCACAGAUGGAACACAUGGUUUCCUGGAGUAUGUAGAUAACCAGUUGUUUGCAACUGAAAGUCAGGAAGCAGUUAGCUUAGGGAAUUUACCUUCUUCCUCUGUAAAUACCAAAGAACCUGAGAAAAUCAGAGCAGAUGCAGCCAGGAUUACCACUGCCUUUCCUGGUGUUGAUUCCACAAGAGACACAGAGCCUGAUAGGAAGAGGCCCUCAGAGAUGGCAACUGAUGAUGCCCAGACCACUACCACCAAGUAUUUGGUGACAGUCCCCAAGAAUGUCCUGACUAUUGAGCCAACAGCUGGCAGAAUUCUGGAAGACCCUAAGGUCACAGUGAGUGCCACCACACCUGGCCCAGUCUCUUCUGUCUUCAGUGAGGAGUGGGAUGACACCAAAUUUGAGAGCAUAAGUCGGGGGAUGCCCCCAGAGCCAGGAGACAAUGCAGAAACUCAAGUGAGAACAGAACCCCCACAUGGAACCUAUGGGAGCUUUGAGGAGACUAAGGAGAGCCCCACUUCCACAGAGGUCACAAAGGUGGCUCCAGGGCUCCCAGGAGGAGAAACAGCCUUGGGAACAGCCCUGGAAACUGCACUGGGAGAUGAAAGGUCAACAGUCUUCAGCUAUCAAAUUUCCUUCCCUCCCACAAGUCUGGCAGAAGACCCUGAAGUUUCCACUAUGAAGCUGAUCUCAAGUGCAGGAGGCUUCACAGCAUCCACUCAGGGGGACAGGACCCAGCUCUCCUCAGAGACUGCAGUUUCUACCUCUCAAUAUGAGCCUGUGUCACAGCAGGAAGCAGGAAAUGUGGUAAAAGUUAUGAGACGAAUGUAA